AUGGCGUCGGUAGUCGGCUCUUGUGUCUCAAAAUUGAAACUAAAUAGAUGAGAAUAGUUCCUUAGUGUUGUAAUUUAAUUAGUUAUGUACGCCUUAGUAUAGCAAUAAUAUUUUCUGUGAAAAUAUUAAAUUUGUGAUAAUGGAAGGCAAAAGUACUGACUGGGUAAGGGCCGUACGGGGGCCUAGCGGCCCCACUGUUUGCCGAUGUUGUUUUGCUGAGGGCUGUUAUAAAGACAUUUCUACCGAAUAUUUUUGGAUGGGCAAGAGAGAAGUUUACUCCGAGAUGCUGACGGAGACGUUUGACCUCAGUAUCGCCUACGCCCAAACAUCGGGCCCCAACAGCAACAGCCGACUUAUCUGCGAGCCCUGCAUAUCCCGGCUGCGGGAUGCCUCGGAGUUCAAGCGGCAGGUGCAGGAGUGUGAAAAGACGUUCAUGCAGUACCUGGAUCCAGGGCGGAUUGCGGUUGACGAGCUUCAGAUGGAGACCACUCAAGAGCCACUUGAGAAGGCGGUGAAGCUGGAACCGGUGAAGUUGGAGAAGAACCACAGCGAUGACGACUUCGACGACCGGGGCGGCUUCGACGAUAUGGACGAAGAUGACCUUGACGACCAGCCGCUAACAAAACUCGCAAGCAAAGUGCCUAAAAAGGAGUCCGUAGACUUGCUAGACCUCCUCGACAAUGCCAAAGCGGAGAAGAGGAAAUCCUCUGCUAAAGCCAAAUCCAGCCCCGCUAAGAAGGCUAAGACUAAGAAGGAGACACCUAAAGCGACCGCUAGCAAAGCUAAAUCGGAGAAGAAGAAGAAAGGGACCAUCCAAGAGAGCCAGUCGUCUAUCGUACUAAAAGAUGACGACGGCAACGACAUAAAGCUUACCCUCCUCAAGAAACCCAUCGCUAUAGACGAUUUGGAAUGUGUAUAUGAAGAUAACACAAAUAAAAUUAAGAUAAAGAAACAAAAACAAUUUAUAAAUAAAAUUGAAAGAAGUAAAUCAUUCAGAGAUGACCCAGGCAACCUAACAAUAUUAAAAGAUCCGAUUUCUCUUGACGAUAUACAGUGGAGCGAUGACACAGAAGGUCAAGAAACUUCGAUCACAUUUAACGUAAAGACUUUUCAACGCCCCUAUCUUUAUAAGCCACCGCGCAAAAAACGUAUAGCACACAUAAAAGGCGAAGCCUGGAAGAUAAAUGCUUUAACCAUAUUCGAAAACUCAUACGUUUACCCCUUUAUACAUGCCAGUAACAAAUACAAGUGUUUUAUUUGUGCUAGAACUUAUUUAGAUGCUAACUUAUUGAAACAUCACACAAUUGACGAACAUUGUGUGGAAGACCUGAAAUCAGAAUUGAUUAACAGAGUUCGUGACAAAAACAUUAAGGUAGAUGUUAGUUGCUUAGAAUGUAGAUUGUGUCCAGACAUUCUACCAGACUUACACGCUUUGAAAAUACAUUUGAGACAUCAUGGAAAACAAGUUGACGCUGAAAUGAAUGAUAAUAUUAUACCAUUCAAGUUGGGAGGGAAAACUUUUGACUGUCAAAUAUGUGGUGAAAAUUAUGUUAAAUUGAGACUGCUUAUAAUCCACAUGAGCAAGCACUUUAACAACUUCAGCUGUGACAUCUGCGGCUCCGUGUUUAUCUCGAUAAACCUUCUCAAACGCCAUUUACAAAUCCACGAGCAAGGCAACUUUCCUUGUAACAAAUGUGACAAAGUAUUCAGUAACGCCGCUAAAAGAACUUUACACAUGCGAGGCGUACACAAAAAGCAACAUCCAAGAAGAUGCCCGAUAUGCCCAGAGAGAUUUAACUCGGACUAUCAAAGAACAAAACAUUUGCGCAUCGUGCACAACCAGAGCACGGGCCUGUUCAGGUGCGAGACUUGCGGGAGAGAAUACGACUUGAAAUACCAUCUGUUACUCCAUAUAAGAUCAGUUCACUUACAGGAGCGCAAUCACGAAUGUAGCGUGUGUCAUGCUAGAUUCUUCUCGAAAUACUGCCUGUCUAGGCACAUGGUGAUACAUUCAGGGGAGAAGAACUUCAAAUGCAAUAUUUGCGGGAAAGCGUAUGCGAGGAUGAAGAAUUUGAGAGAACAUUCCAGAUCCCACGAACCUGGGGUUUCGUGUACUGUAUGUGGGAUGAACUGCUGUGACAGUGAAACGCUUGUAGCGCACAUUAAUAGCUCUCAUAGCACUUAUAGAUUACCGGCAAGACAACGACCCGGGCCCAGGACGAGUAUCUGGCAAAUGACCAUAUCAGAACGGCAGAACGCCGCCACUUUCCUAGAGUUCACCACUAUCAAGCCCUUCUUUUACCAGCAGGCUAAUUUCAAAUGCUUCUACUGUAACGAAGUCUUCCCAGAGAUACACUCUGUAUUACAACACACAGCAUUCCACGUCACACCAGAAAGGUGCUGCUUACUCAAACAGUAUUUACGGAAAGGGAAACGGGUUAUAAAAGUUGAUAUAUCGGGCCUAAAAUGCAAGCUUUGUGAACAGAAGUACUCGGACUUAGACGAUAUCAGGAAACAUUUAAUAGCGGCUCAUAAAAAGGAAUUCAAUACAGCAGGAAACGGCCUCAUGGCGUAUGAUCUAAGUACAAACAACGGCCUCUUAUCCUGUCACGAGUGCUCCAAAACCUUCAACUCUUUCUUCCUUCUCAACAGGCACAUGAACGUUCAUUUCAGCGUCGUUUGCGAAACUUGCGGCCUCGGCUUCAUGUCUCACCAACGCCUCAUAAACCAUAGGAUAGUCCAUCAAAACGGUGUGCAUAAGUGCGACAAAUGUCAAGAAGUAUUCACCACUAAGUUAAAACUACGUUACCACUUAUUUAAAAAGCAUGAGGUCACCAAUGCAAAGAAGAUAAAGCCUUUGAAAUGUCCUCAUUGCUUGGAAAGGUUCGCUGAGCAUUAUCGUAAAAUGACACAUCUGAAAGAAGCGCACGGAAUCACCUUUUCCUUUGAAUGCCAGAUGUGUAAAGCAGUUUUUCCUACAAGAAGAGCUUUGACUGAACAUACAACUAAGUUACACACGCAAAAAAUCCAGUGCAAGAUUUGUGGAAAAUGCUUUGGAACGAAGUCAUUGCUGAAGAUGCAUAUGAGGGGUCAUACGGGUGAAAGGAAUUUCUUUUGCUCGAUAUGUCAGAAAGCUUACAUGCACGAGAGAACUCUGCGACAGCACAUGAGGGUCCAUGGCCCUGUGUGGAAGUUCACGUGCUCCGAAUGCGGCAGCGGUUUCCACAAUAGAAAUGAUUACAAUAAACAUAUGAAGCAGUGGCAUCCUCAGUGGCAGUUUAAGACUAUUGUCAAAAAUUUUGGAACUGAACUUAUGAAUUGAAGGAAAUUAAGAAGAGGAUCAAGAA